AUGUUAUUUCGAGUCCUCCUCUUUGUCGUUCUGUGCUCCGUGGCUCUCGGAGGACAUCAUUAUGAGCCGGAGGUUGUGAAGAUUGUGCACAAGAUCGUUCCGGUACCUCAUCCAGUACCGAUUCCGAAGCCCUACCCAGUUCACAAGAUCAUACACAUACCCCACGUGAUUAAAGUACCGCAUCCGGUGCCAGUGCCGUACAGGGUACCGGUAGUGAAGAAGAUCCCGAAGAUCGUUCAUGUUCCCAAGGUUAUCCACAUCCCGAAACCCUACCCGGUCCCGCAUCAUGUGCCCGUGCCCGUUCAUGUUCCCGUUUACAAACAUGUUCCAGUCCCAAUAUACAAGCACGUGCCGGUUCCCGUGACGAAACACAUCCCUGUACCCGUCAAGGUUCCCAAGUAUAUCCCCGUGCCGAUCCACAAGAUAAUCCACAUUCCGCAGCCUGUGACUGUGCCGGUGAAAGUUCCCGUCUUCAAAGAGAUCAUCGUCAAGAAACCUGUGGAAGUGUCAGUGCCCGUCUACAUCAAGAAACACAAGUAUGAGGGACACGGUCACGGUGGAUACGGUGGAGGUUUCAGCGGUAGCUUCGGUUCAAGUUUCGGUGGGAGUUACGGAGGAAGUUAUGGAGGAAGUUAUGGAGGAUGGUAG